CCGAGGUACUCACAGUGUCUUUUUGGUGCCGUCAUCUUCCCCAGAUCAUCACCUAACGGAUACCCAUUCAUCCAUCACCCACCCGUCCAUCGUCAUCCUCAAUCACCACGCCACCAACAACGACCAACACCACUAUCGCUGCGACCUCACUGCUGA